AUUCUCUCUCUUUCUUUGCUUCUUAAAAAUCACAGUACCAAAACAAUAAUAAGAGAGAGAAAGAGAGAAGAUAACGACGAGAGGAAGCCCCAAAUUUCGUCUUCAAUUUAUUUUCUUCUUCAGCUUGUAAGAACGAGCACCUGCAUUUGGAUUUCCUCUAAAUUGAUGAAGCAGCAAUGGAAUGACUUGUUGUGAAUCGUCCAGCCAGGGGAAAGAAAAUUCAAAAUUCAUUCUCAAUCAGCUUAAAUUGAUUUGGAAUGGCUGAGGCUGAUCCGGACUCCUCAGACACGUCUGAGUUAGUGGAUCUCAAACACAUUAGCAGCAGCGCCCCCCCACUCUUUAGCUUCUUUGUGGGAUUUGGAGCUAAAGACUCUGAUGCGGGGAGAAGCCCUACUUCUCCCCUUGAUUUUGCAAACUUUGGUGGCUUCUUUAGCCCCAGGUCUCCUGCUCCCAGAUUUGGCCACCGGAACAAAUGGGUUUGUGACAAAGUUGGGCUGUCUGUUCUAUGCUCCAGCAUCGGAAAAGGCGAUGAGGAUGAUUCAUUCAGAAGGGAGAACAUCGUGCUCGCCCCUCAAAUCAAGGUCAUCAAGGCCAAGCUUUCCACUCAACUGUUUGAUCCUUGUCUUAAAUCCUAUUCGUUGCCCAAGAACUAUGCUGUGCCUCCAUUGUCUGGUGCGCAAGACAUUCAUCCUCAGCCGUGUGACCCAAUCUGGGACACUAUUGUUGCGGAGGACCAUAACUCCCCGAGGAGAUCAAGCUCAUCUCCUAUGGAUAUUAUCCCCACCCAAGCUUACUCUCGUUCUCUCUCUGCCCGUGAGAUGGCACUCUCUGAGGAUUAUACAUGUAUUAUUUCUCAUGGGCCAAACCCAAAAACAACUCAUAUAUUCGGUGAUUGCAUCCUGGAUUGUGAUCCCAAAGAUUUGAAAGAAAUCGAAGAACCGGAAGCCGAUUCUCUGCCUGGUGAUUCUUUUAGCCGGCAACCUCAAGAUUUUCACACCAUUCAUAUUCACAGCGAGGCUUCAGCAGAAAAGGAAACUGAGAAGGCCGGUGUUGAAGAAGAUUCUUUGGACAUAUCAUCGCUUGGAUCAAGUUGCAACGAGGAUCUGUUUCCUCUGGCAAUGCCUCUUAGCUCAUGAGAGAGGCUGAGUUUUUUUUGUUUUGUUUUCUCUCAUAGAUGCAGUGGCCUUUUGGGCUCCCGAGUGUGAGUGUGAGUGUGAGUGUGAGUUCUAGUGUUGUAUCGUUAGGCUAUUAGGUUUGGGGAUUUUUGUGUGCUCAAUAAUUCGGGUGGGUUUUUGCUGUGGCCUGAUGCCCCGGCUCAUCCUGUGUUUUUUUUUUCUUCUUUUCUAUUUGCAACUUUGUACGAUUGUGUUGUGUUACUUGUUAGAUACUUUAGUUAUCAUCAUUUGAUGGAAACAUCUUGCAUU